AGUCAGACGCAGGCAUGGACGCAACACACACAACGCACUCCAUGCAUGGACUUACACUGGAAUAAUCUAUUUAUUUAUUAGCCUAUUUAUGUAAUUGUCUUAAUGUGGAGCACUAUGCACUCCAGGGUGAAGUCGCGGAGCUGUGAUAAUUACCUGAGUAUAAAGGACUCGGAGUCUCUGGAUCAGUGUAUUGAGAGCGUGUUGUCGGCUCUGUAUCCUCCGUUCAGCUCCAGCGCCGCCACCGUCCUCUGGCAGCUGUUCGGUGUGGUGGAGCGACAGUAUCGAGGAGACGGCCUGCGCUGCUUCAUCGACUUCCUGCUGCCCGCAAAGAGGAUCCUGCACACGCUUAGACACCAGGCCUGCCUGCGAUUUAAAGGUGUGUUGCUGUACCACGAGGGAUGGCCGCUGUGUCUGCAUGAGAAGGUGGUUCUGCAACUGGCGCCGCUGCAUAAAGUGCGUCUGCGGCAGGGAGACUUCUACCUGCAGGUGGUUCCUUUGGGCCGCAAGUCUGCCAAGCUGGUGCUGAAAUGCCUGUCGGGCAGCGGGCAGGCCAUCGCAGAGGUCCCGGUGUCGGAGAGCAUGUACGGCAGCGUCUUCACUCCAGAUUUCCUGCAGAAUGUGACGCGUGAUCGAAACCUCCAGCCGCUGCAGAACUGCCUCCUGAGCACCGGUUCUGUAGUUUAUCGAACGCCCUGGAAAAACGUGAUCAAUCCUCUGCUGGUGACGAGCACGGAGGACGCACUGAUGCAGGCCAGAAACACCGGAGUUGUAGGUCUGCGUGGUCAGAUCAGCCCCUGCAGCACUCACGGCUCCACAGGAACGCUCAGCUCUAGAGACUCUCUGGGCGGUGAAUCCACCGUAUCAGAGCCGGCGCUCAGCCGAAGCCUCACCGACAUGGGCAUCGGUUCAUUGCACCGCGAAGACUCAGACUCACAGAAGAGUCCCGAUUCUAGCAGCAUCCGCGGACACAAACUCCUGUCCUUCAGCACAGACCUCAGCAACCCAAACAUGCGCAAACGACAUCCCAGAGACUCCGCCGCUUUCGAAUCACGGCGACUCUUUCGUAAAUCCUACAUGGAGGCUUUACAGAAUCCCAUGAAUCUCGGCUCCAGCUCUGAAUCCAUUCUGGAGGAGCCGAGCUUUGCAUCCGUCCCGAAGGAAUCGAUGGCACCGGUGCGGAAGAUCUGCGCUCGAGGAUGGCUGGGAGGAGAUGAAUCCCGAAACGGAUCUCUUGCUGGGAAUCCGUCCAAAAACGCAGAGCUGAGUCCCAACGAGAGACGCUCCAAAUCUCUGGAACGCACUAAUAAUAAGACACUGCAGGUCAAAGGUCACCGGGCACGCUCUUCAUCCGGCGGCUCUAAUAGUGGCCUUCCUAAAAAACUCAUCAAUGGUUAUGGGUUUCGCUUCGGAAAACUGGAGCUGGAGGCAGCUUUCCCUGGACUGGAAAGGAGGAGCAGUAAAGAGAACUCAGGUUUGUGUGGUAACGUGGAGCGCAGUGGUCGCGUUGUGGUUCAGGUGUGCUGCAGUAAGCAGGUGUGGAGCAGCGACUGCACAGAUCAGAUCAUCAGUGUUUUACUCUGCUAUUACUGCAGCAGUCUGCGGAAGGAGAAGCGAGAGCUGGGGCUGACAGUUCUGGUAGACGCUCGCAGACAGCAGACGGUUCCCUCCACACUGAUCUCGGCUCUGUCUCAGUUUCAGGCUUCUGUACCCAAUGCACUUUACUCAGUUUUGUUUCUGGUGGAAAAAGAAGCAGCAGUGAAAGUUGAGCGUGACGUCACAUUUCCGUAUGAAGUCCUGACAUCUCUAAAAGCUCUGCAGAAACACAUCGACUCCACGCAGCUCACCACAGACCUGGAGGGCACGUUUCCAUAUGACCACAGCCACUAUAUUCACUUCAGACAGAAAAUUGAGCCGUUUGCAUCAAGCUGCAGCGCUGCGAUCUCUUUUCUUCAGAGCUCCAUCGAGACACUAAACAACAUCAGCAAUCUGGAGACAGCUCAGGAGGUGUCAGAGGUCAUAGGUCAGCAGAAAAGCCUGAUGAAGAACAUUUUGGACGACACUGAACUGAACCGGCUGCGGCUGGAGGGAGGAACAUUUCUGGCCCGGCUCAGGAAAGAGGAGAUGUGUGAAAACCACAACUACAG